UAUUAUGUUCCUUUGAAUAGGUUCUGGAAUGCAAUGUCAUUGUGGACCCUCGCACCAGGGAAUCUCGUGGUUUUGCCUUUGUCACGAUGGAGACUUUGGAAGAUGCUAAUCGCUGUGUUAAGUACCUACAUCAUUCUGUUCUUGAAGGCCGCUUAAUCACAGUGGAGAAGGCAAAAAGAAAGCGUGGAAGGACACCAACACCUGGAAAGUAUCGUGGUGCUAGAGAUAGAAGAGGUCAUGAUAGGAGGCGCUCCCGCAGCCGUUCUCCAUACUUGUCACGUCACAGGGAUCGCUCUCGUUCUCGCUCCCGUUCUCGUUCAAGGCGUGGGCGUGAUCGAUCCUCCUCACCAUAUGCGCGGGACUCUCAAAAAAGGCACAGGGACUAAGGUGCAGUCUUUGUCCCAUAUCAGUGACAACAACAACAAAUCUGAUUAGGAACACUGUAUGCAGAAGUUACUAUUUGGACUUUGAGAAUGCUCAGAAUUCACGUGUCACUGUGAUAACUUAAUGUGAACUAGUUAAACCAUCUGCUAUGCUAUGUUCUACUAAUUUAAGUGUGUUUUUUAGUGGAUGGCAUGCAUAAUGUGUCUGAUAAAUGUGUGAAUUCGCAAAUGCAAAAUUUAGCUUUCAUGUUUCGAAUGUCAAUUGCAUAUGCAAUCGACUUCUAAGACUUCAAAGAGGAUUGCCUUUUUCAUUUC